ACACAAUGAGACUCCACGGAGACCAGAACGGCCCGAGCCCCGGAACCCAAGUGGGCACGAUGCGCCCCUAAUUUUCGCGCUGACGCAACUUGAUUGAACUCAUGCACCCCGUGCGGGGACGAGAUCUGAGUCAAGUAUUGGCAGCCAGCCCCCAGGCACCCAAGCACCGGCGCUCCGGCACAAGAGGUUCCCUGGCUUGCCUGGGCGCUCGGGAGCUACCGACAUUUUGGGACGUGUGCGUCCUCGCGUCCGGGGAACCGAUUACCCCCUGGGGAACCUUCCCCACAAAACCCCCGUGGGGAAUCUCAGGGCCAGGGCUGCCAGGUCACGACGCGGGAGGAGGUUGCAAGGAAGCCUGGUAAAUGUUUUCCCCAGUCGCCAUCGCGUUCGUCACCAGCUCCCCCCUAAUCCGUGCCAAUAUCGGACCGAUCUGUUUGUUAUAUCCCAUCGAAACAUUUUGUGGCCCCGUCGUGCCCAAGACUAUAAAUAUGAAGUCAAGGAGCGUGCUCUGUGUCCUUGGCGAGUUCAUCCCAGGUUGAGGCUUCUCUGCUGUCAGCUCAAACCUUUGGCCAUAUAGUCUGUCUCCCCAAAGACACGCAUAUAUCAUCAUGGCUUUCAGCUGGAAAUGCGUUGCUUCCAUGGUGGUGGCCCACCUGGCCGCCCUCGCCCAGGCCCAGGGCGAAGCCCCUCUCACCGUCCAGACAACGGUCGGCGAGGUGACCGGCUUCAUCAAUGAGACUGCCCCGGCCGUCCGUCAGUUCCUGGGUCUCCCAUUUGCCGAGCCUCCCGUGGGAUCCCUCCGUUUCCUGCCUCCCGUCCCCGCCAAGGACGCCGGCCCGAUCAACGCCAACACCUACGCCCCGGCCUGCAAGCAGCAGCGAAGCAGCAGCACGAGCCUGUACACCGAGGUCCUCACCCAGUUCCUCAUCAACGGGCCCGACUCCGAGGACUGCCUGUACGUCAACGUGUACGCGCCCCUCAACCCCGUCGAGGAGAGCCUCCCCGUCUUCAUCUACAUCCCCGGCGGCGGCUUCACCUCGGGCGGGUCCAACUCGCUCUACAAGAUCCCCGACCAGUGGAUCCAGCGGACCCAGUCGCACGUCGUCGUCAUCAUGCAGUACCGCGUCAACGCCUUCGGCUUCCCCAACGGCGCCGCCGCCCACGAGAACGUAGGCCUCCUGGACCAGCGCCUGGCCGUCGAGUGGACGCGGGACAACUCCGCCGGCGGCAUGUCCUCCUCCGUGUACGGCUACGGCUACCCCGAGGACCCCAUCGUGGCGGCCACCAUCUCGGACUCGGGCGCCGCGUCGCCCUCGAACCUGGGCCGCCAGCCCGGCAACUACACCACCUUCAGCACCCUUGCCGGCCUCGUCGGCUGCGGCGGUCUGGCUGACGACGCCGCUGCGGAGCUCGAGUGUGUGCAGGCGGUGGACGCGAACACGCUGCAGGACUACAUCUCCAACACCUCGACCAUCAGCUUUACGCCCGUGAUGGACAACGUCACCUCCUUCUCCAACACGACGGAUCGCAUGGCCCAAGGCCUGGUGGCCAAGAUCCCUGCUAUUGUUGGGCACAAUGCCAACGAGGGUGCGUCUUCUGGGGUAUUCAACGAGGCAACCGGCCCUACUCAGGCGACAAAGGACGGCUUCCAAGCAGCGAUUGGCUGCCCAGUUGUCAAGGAAGCGAGCAACCGCGCGAGGUUCGGUCUUCCAACUUACCGCUACUUCUACGAGGGCAACUUCACCAACAUCUCCCCCUUGCCGUGGGUUGGUGCCGCACACAGCUCUGAGCUCCCACUCCUCUUCGGGACGCACUACGAGUACCGUGGAAACUCGACCGAGUUUGAAUGGGAGACGAGCUACGGCAUGGAGGCACUCUGGCUCUCGUUCGCCGCCAACUCCUCGGCCGACCCCACUGACGGCGUCUCGGUUACGUGGCCCAAGUACAGCGAAGACACGGAUUCCUUGGCGGUCUUUGCUGCGGAUGACACCUGGGUCCAGUUCUCCGAUGGCAGCUUCGGUGCCGGAGUACAGUGCUCUUCUUGAUUCGAGAUGUCGAGUUGAGGUUCCUAGCAUAUAUCCGACAAUUUAAUGAUAUGAAUCACCUUUCUUAUUGUACAUAUAUAACCCAGCGUCGCGAGUGAGUGGUCGAUAUUGGAGCCUCUUAGUGCGACUCAUUAGGCUGUGCACCCUACUUUUGCAAACGAAAGGGGAUGCUAAAUGAACAAAGAACGCAGUG